AGUGUGGAAUUAAGAGGAGAGGCAUCUCUUAUGGUAGAACUGUUGCAAAAGUGUCCACCUGUCAGCUAUAAAUAAUAGUUCCAAAUCUCUCCAGAGUAGCGCUAGAGUAGCUAAGAACCUAGGCGUUAUUGACGGAGUGAAUUGCGCUGUCUAUGAUUUGAUUUUUUUGUUCAAGUACUCUAGGUAUUGUAGCGCCACCUAUUUAAAUUUUUUUGAUGACACUUUUUGGUAUAUGGAGAUUUCGUUCCUUAUUUUCACCUUCCGUACUUUAUCACUUAUUAACCUCUCUUUUAUCUCUUUUACUUAAUGCUUAUGUCAUGUCACACAAUCUGUCACAGUUAUGACAAAAUCAGGAAGAAUUGAAAGUACGACAAAAUUAUUUUUGCAAUAAUGGACGAAAAUGUUAAAACUCUUGACCAGGAAUAUGAACAGUUUUUAGAGAUUAUGAGGCCACAUAUAUUUCAACUUAAAGACCGGGAUAUGGCUUCUAUUUGCAGUGCUUGGAUCGAACGACUUUGUGCUUGUAAGAAUCACGAAAAAAUACUCCGGAAUAAAUAUAUAGUCACACUUUGUUACCAACUCUCGAAAGGAAUUCUUGAUAAGCCGUUCUUGGAGGAACCUACGGAUAAAGAAUUGCUGCCUAUCAAUGAACCAACGCUCAGUGAAGUAUCGUCGUCUGAAGUCGAAUGUCUUGUUUUAAAUUGUGAAGACGCAGGUAAUGUGGUACACCUAAAUAAAUCGUUGAAGACCCAAACUGGAGAUCCAUUUCACAAUUCAGUAGAAUUAGACAAGAAGCUCGCCACGAUGAUAAAUAGUAAAACUACAACAACAGAGAGUAAUGAGAAACUGUUUUUUAAACAAACUAGUUAUUACCACCAACCUCUAAGUAUGAUAAAGCCACAUAUAGAAUUACAGUUACCUGAAACUUAUAGACAUCGCACGCAUAACAUUAUUUCAAAAUUGCAAGACAUCAAAAAGCAAAAUACAGUAUUACAUCAUGAACUUAAAGAGAUGAAAGAAAAAUCAAGUGGAGAUGAUGCUGCUGGUGAAUUUCAAGAAAAAGUUAAUACAUCCACCCUUUAUAUGCGCUUGCAUGAUAGCAACAGUACUUUAGAUUCUAUGAAAAUAAAAUUAGAAGUAGAAAAAGAUGUUAGGAACGCGCUAAUAGAUAAAAUUCAAAGUUUGCAAGAACUUAUCGAUAAUUGGAAUUACUUGAAAAAUCAAGAAAUUGAAGAAAUUCAAGCCAGACAUAAAUUAGAAUUAAUCAAUAUCAAAUCAUUUAUUAAACAAGAAACCAGACAGAUAUUUGAAAAUAAACUGGAAGACCAAAAACAACAAUAUGAAAUUAAAAUUAAAGAGCUUCGAGACAUCAACAUAUCAAAAGAUGAAAUUAUUGCUGAUAAAGAUAAAAUCAUACAGCAGAAAGAAACAGAGAUAGUUCGCCUAUCAGAACAAAAUAAAUUUAGUAAGGAAAAUUUGCAAUCAAUUUUAAAAAAGUUACUAGAUAGGCCUAAUGAAGAACAGGGUGAUCAAUUUAGAAUACAAAAUCACAUAUUGCAAAACCGUAUUAUCAAACUGGAAAAAGCCAAAAUGAAAUGUGUCAGAGCGUAUGAAUCUAAACUUGCUUCAUUGCAGCGAGAGAGACAUUUAGUAGAAUGUUCGCUUCAAAUCCAAUUAGUCAGGCAAAGAACUCAAAUCAUCAAUGACGUAGCCGGUGACAGUCAAGAUGAAACGAAAAAAGCUGUAGAUAAACUUGAAGCAAAAUAUCAAAAUAUCGUUGCAAGUAUGCAAGCCACGGCUAUCCAGCGGCGACUCGAAGAUCAAAUGGCAGUUGCAUCAAUACUUCAAGCGGCGUCGGGCAUUCGUACUGAUUCCUAUGGCUUUUUUAGCCCAUUUUUUCCUAACAGCACAUUGCAAAGAAGAAAUAAAAAUCAGCGCUCAGACAGCGAAGUUGCAACUGUAUUUCAAGGCAACAAGGUUUUUAGGAAAAAUGGCGUAAAUAAGAAUUUUGAAGAUGGACGACGCUAUGGAGAGCUUGACACUUUAUUUGAGAAGGUACACGUCCCUCAAAGGGACAGCGAAGACAAAGCCCAAAAGUAGAGGAACAAUCUUUCAACUAUGCUUUUGUGAAAGUUGCGUAAAUUGUUUUGGCGCGGUUCUAAUAAAUUUGGGAGUUCCAACUGGUUUUCUUUGUGUCUGUACCUCGUUACUAACCUUUGCAUGUCAUCGUAGUAAUUUUCCAUUCCAAAAUGGACCAGGGCGCGUAGACAACGUGUAUCGUUAACGCUCCGUAGCGAACGAAACGCAACGUUAUUGUCGCACUAAUAUAGAAGAGUGAUAGAGAGUGAUGACUACGCUACGGAGCGUUAACGAUUUUCACUUUAGCUAAGCACCUUGGAGGGCGAUUUUUGGAUUUCAAGCGCUCGAUUUCGUCACUCGAAAAUGUGUAGAAAACGGCGAAAUGCUAUUUUUGAAAUACGAGCGAUAGGAAUUGGCAAUCUAGUGGUAUUGACUACUUGCUUUUAAGUAUAUUAGUAGAAUUUAAAUACCUAGUAGUAUUAUUAUAUAUUAUUAAACGGAAAAACACGAAAUCGAGCGGUCAAAAUUUAAAAAAAGCGGCCAAGUGCGAGUCUGUCUCACCCAUGAAGGGUUCCGUACCAUUUAUGACGUAUUAAUAAAAACAUUUUUUAAACCUAUCCAUAGAUAUCCCACAUGUAUGGGCUUGAUGAAAAAAAAUUUGAGUUUCAGUUCUAAGUAUGUUUUUUUUUUCUAUUUCUGUGUGAAAAUCUUAAUGCGGUUCCCAGAAUACAUCUACUUAACAAGUUUCAACAGAAUAGUUCUUAUUGUUUCGGAAAAAACGAGGGGGGUGGGGUUAGGGUCGGCAACGCGCAUGUAACUCCUCUGGAGUAGCAGGCGUACAUAGGCUACGGAGACUGCUUACCAUCAGGCAGCCCGUAUGCUUGUUUGCCACCGAUGUAGCAUAAAAAAAAGUGGCUGUGACAUACGGAUGGACAGACAGACAGACAUGACGAAUCCAUAAGUGUUCCGUUUUUAGGGUUCCGUAGCCAAAUGGCAAAAAACGGAACCCUUAUAGAUUCGUCUUGUCCGUCUGUCUGUCCGAUUAUGUCACAGCCACUUUUUUCCGAAACUAUGAGAGCUAUACUGUUCAAACUUGGUAAGUAGAUGUAUUCUAUGAACCGCAUUAAGAU